AAUAAAAUAAACUUGUGUUGUUUCAAAGCCAAUGGAGGAGGAAGACUUUAGUUGCAAGAAUAAAAAUUUGUCAACCACGUCGUCUGGUUCUUCUUUCCUGUUCAUUUUAAAGACCCAUUCCAUUGUCUCAAUAUGAGUGGUGGCCAUUUUAUUAUUAGUUUCUCUCCAUGCUUUUCUAUGGUUAUAUUAUCAACUCAGAUAACUUUUUCCCUUCAAUCAUUUAUCUCCCUUCUUAAACUACAGGGUCUUCUUUUUUUAAGUGUUGAUGAACUGGCAGCAUCUUUGCUUCUAUUAUAAGUUUCGGCUUUUUAAACAAUCCUUUUACAUCUUUUCGCUGCUCUUCAAUCGAUCAAAUAAUACUCUUGGCUAUUGUGAAAAUGGGAAGGCAGCCUUGUUGUGAUAAGAUUGGUUUGAAGAGAGGUCCAUGGACGAUUGAUGAAGAUCAUAAGCUUAUGAACUUCAUUCUUAACAAUGGGAUUCAUUGCUGGAGAACAGUUCCCAAGCUUGCAGGUUUGUUAAGAUGUGGGAAAAGUUGUAGAUUAAGAUGGAUUAAUUAUCUAAGACCAGACCUUAAAAGGGGAGCUUUUACAGAAGCUGAAGAGGACCAGAUUAUUCAACUUCAUUCUCGCCUUGGUAACAGGUGGUCGAAGAUUGCUUCACAUUUUCCUGGUCGAACUGAUAAUGAAAUCAAGAACCACUGGAACACUCGAAUUAAGAAGAGACUGAAGCUCCUCGGUGUAGACCCUGUGACUCACAAGCCCAUUGAUAAAACUGAAGAAAAAACCAGCACGAUUUCUGAAGAGGAACAAGAUUCGACAAAGAGCAUUGAUGACGAUUUGAUCAAGAAAGAAAAUGAUAAUAUUCCAGCAGAGAAAGUUGAAGUACAAGAAGAGGCGAAGUUGAUAACCAUGGAUGACACAGCUUCUCUUUUAAACAACUACGAAAUGCUGUGCGGAAAUUUGGAGGAGGGAUCGAUAUUGUUUAACCCAGAAACCAACACAGCUUCAACUACUUCAAAUUGUAGCACAUCCUCCUUCUCCUGGGAAGACUCAAAUAAUUGUUCAUCUUCUCUACAUCAGCAAGAAGAGUUUCUUCAGCAAUGGAUAGAUAAUGUGGAUUCGAUGCUUUCUUGGGACUGCUUCAAUCAACUGGAAGGGAGCCCUCAGUCUUCUUGGAAAAUAAUUUAACCAUACUGUCUCUUGGGUUCUUUCAUGAGUGCCAUAAUCAUGAUCAUUCUAUUUCAAGCAAUAAAUUAAAAUCUGUUCAGCUUAAAAAGUUAAUUAGAGACGAUGAUGAAAGCUAAUUACUGCAUGCCAUCAUGAACUGUUGCUUUAAAUUAUUAACCUUAUUCUUUUGUUUUGUGUGCAA